AUGGCUGCUAAUAAACCAGUCUUCAGCGAGGCGGGUAUCGACCCAGAAAAGAGCACCCCUGCUGGUGUUCCCCUUGAGAGUACCAAUGAUGCAGACUCCUAUUUCCAAGGAGAUGUCAUGCAGCAAUACUACAACCUGGGGUUCUGGACCCGUAUGGGGUGUACCCCAGAAUCCUUCAAGCGGAGGAACGCUACCGACAAAAACAACCAACUCAACCAGACUCUACGUUCACGUCACAUGCAUAUGAUUGCCAUUGGUGGUUCGAUUGGAGCUGGUCUCUUUGUUGGCACGGGAUCCGCUCUUCGACGAGGAGGUCCAGCCUCACUUCUGAUCGACUACGCCAUCAUCGGCGUCAUGAUCUUCAACGUUGUCUUUGCUCUUGGUGAACUCGGCAUCAUGUAUCCCAUUUCCGGUGGGUUCUACACCUACUCGACGCGAUUCAUCGACCCGUCCUGGGGCUUUGCUAUGGGAUGGAACUAUUGCUUCCAAUGGGCGGUUGUGCUGCCGCUGGAAAUCACGGUGGCUUCGUUUACGAUAUUUUUCUGGACGUCCGACGUUCAUGUGGCAGUGUGGAUCUCCAUGUUCCUGGCCAUCAUCAUCGUCAUCAAUGUCUUUGGAGUCCUAGGCUAUGGCGAAGAAGAGUUUUGGGCGAGCGCUCUGAAACUCAGUGCCAUUGUCAUCUUUAUGAUCAUCGCUCUGGUCUGUGUCUGUGGAGGCGGACCUAGCAACGGCUUGUAUCAUGAAUACUGGGGCGCUCGACUUUGGCACGAUCCGGGUGCUUUCCGCAACGGAUUCAAGGGGUUCUGCUCGGUCUUUGUGACGGCGGCCUUUGCCUUCUCGGGUACUGAAUUGGUCGGCCUCGCCGCAGCCGAGUCUCGGACCCCGUUGAAAUCGCUCCCAUCGGCGGUCAAGCAGGUGUUUUGGCGUAUCACACUCUUCUACAUUCUGUCUCUCCUGUUUGUCGGAUUGCUUGUGCGGUCCGACGACGACCGGCUUCUCGGCGCCAACCCAUACAUUGACGCGCAAGCCUCACCGUUCGUCCUGGCUGCACGGGAUGCCGGCCUCAAAGGAUUUGAUUCGUUCAUGAACGUGGUCAUUUUGGUUUCUGUCAUCUCCAUCGGCAACAGCGGCGUGUACGGGGGCAGCCGCACGCUGACGGCGCUGGCCGAACAAGGCUAUGCGCCCAAGAUCUUUGCCUAUGUCGAUCGAGCCGGCCGACCGACCGUGUCUACUGUUACUAUUAUUGCUUUUGGUGCCCUGGCGUACCUGGGCGUGGCCAAAUCCGGUAUUGAAAUCUUCGACUGGCUCCAGGCUUUGUCUGGACUGGCUGCUCUGUUUACUUGGGGCUCGAUCUGUCUGGCCCACAUCCGGUUUCGGGCCGCGUGGAAACAUCAGGGUCGCACUCUGGACGAAAUCCCCUUCAAGGCCGUCGGCGGCGUCUACGGCUCCUGGCUCGGCCUGAUUCUGAUUGUCCUCGUCAUGAUCGCCCAGUUCUAUGUGGCCAUCUGGCCUCCUGGUGGUGGCGUCAAUAGCGCCGAUGGCUUCUUCAAGUCUUACCUCGCGUUGCCUGUGGUCAUGUUCUUCUGGCUUUGUGGGUAUCUCUGGAAGAGGCAGGGUUGGCUGAGAUUGGACCAGAUUGAUUUGGAUGCCGGCCGUAGACAUAUUGACUGGGAGGCUCAUCAUGCUGAACAGGAGAGGAGGAGGAAUGCCAGUUGGCCCAUGAGAAUUGUUUAUUUCAUGUUCUAA